UAUAUAUGUAUGUAGGACGAAUUACCAUAGAGAGGCCAUCUUAGGUCUGUUAAGGGAAUAAAAGUUGGCAUAUAGGCAUGCUAGUAUCAAUGGGGAUUCCAAUAAAGCCUCUUACUGCUUUAGAAUUGAGGUGGUGGUCGUUGAAGAAGAGGGUUCAGCACCAUUAUUCUGCUAACAUGAAGAUUUCCACACGUUUUCUGCUAAUGCUUUUUGUUGCUUUGGGCCUCAUCUUCAUCUCCGUGCAUCAACCAGGGCACUUUUUCGGCAUGGAGUUCGAGGUUCGAGUGAUCAAUGGCUUCUCCAACAACUCAUCGCUUCCUUUGGUGAUCUGGUGCAUAUCACAGCAGGAUGGGGACAUGGGUGGGCGUGCCCUCCAGGAAGGUGACGAUUACGGGUGGCGACUCAAGACCAAUAUCUGGGGCAAUUCUCAUUACUUGUGUACCAUGAAAUGGGACGCCAAGAGGAGGAGUUUCGAUGCGUUUAAGGUCCCUAGAGACAGUCAAAGAUGUGCUCCUCUUAACAGAUGUUCAUGGCUGGUUAAAGAGGACGGGUUCUACUUCAGCAGUGACGAAGUCAACUGGAAGAAAGACUUUUCCUGGUAUUGAGUUUUGCAUGUGCGCCUUGUGUUUAAAGAUAGAAACCACAUCUUGUCUGUCCAUGUAAAACAAAAGUUUUGCUGUUUCUUUUUCGCUAUUGCUAUAUGAGCGCUACAGUUUUGUCCAUUCAAAUCUUAAUGGUGGGCUUCGCCGCGAGGGAAAAAGAG